AUGUCCUUCUUCUCAAGGUUCAGCACGCCUGUGUUCAAGAACACCGGAUCGACCGCUCGCGAUCAUCUGGCCUCGGAGAGAACCUAUCUAGCAUGGAUGCGUACCGGCCUUGGUUUCCUGGCUCUUGGGAUUGGUGUGGAAAGAUUCAACCAACUCGACCUGGCCGAGAUCCUACCAACCAAGUCCAAAGAACGUUUCCACGAUGAUAAGACUCACAACGACAAGUCAGACGCCCUCGUGGGUGCUCUACUCGGUAGUGGAGCUGGAAGCAUUGCAUACGGAACUACUAGAUACUUUUCGAACAUGCGAUUGUUGGAACAGGGGCUGUUCAAACCUGCUUUCCAUGGGGCUGCAUUUUUGGCCGUAGGUGUUGCUGGAAUUGCUGGUGCGGUUUAUUGGUCCACGGUCAGAGAGAGGAUGGCCAACACUCGUUCUAGCCGUGCUUGA